AUGAGGUUCUUGGUGGUGCUGGUGUCUGCUGGUUCUCUGGCUCUCCUCGGGUCGGUCCUGUGCAUCGUCCUCAGCGUGUAUCCGCGCAGCCCCGCGGCUCCUCCAGGAGACAACGGGACGGAGGCGCUGCUCGAGUCUGUGGCGCGGGCCGGCCCGCUGGGCGCCCUGCACGGCGCCUCCUCCUCCUCCUCCUCCUCCUCCUCCUCCUCCUCCUCCUCCUCCUCCUCCGGGGAGAACCGGGUCGGAGGAGGAGGCGUCGGCCUGGAGGUCCCGACUCUGAACGAGCUGCACCUCGGGGAGGAGACCGCAGGAGGAGCUCAGUUCAGCUUCAGCCGGCUGGUCUGCUCCCCGGUGCCGGCCGGAGACUGUCCGACCGGAGACCUGCGGCGGCGGCGCGGGGAUCGACCUGCGGACGAGCCGCUGCCCGGAGGAGGAGACCAGGACCGGACCCGCCUGCGGACCACCGCGGAGCAGCUGCGGGAGGUGGUCCUGCAGCAGGAGGACCAGAUCCUCAUGGACCAGAGGACCAUCCGGGAGCUCACCGGCAAGCUGAGCGACUGCGAGAGCGGCCUGGAGGACGAGCGGACGGUGCCGGAGCGCAGCGUCGGCGUCUGGAGCGGCAACCGACGCGUGAUGGCCGGAGACGACGUGACCUCCUCCUCCUCCUCCUCCUCCUCCUCCUCCUCCUCCUCCUCCUCCGCGCAGCUGCAGACGGCGCGCGCUGUGGAGGAGCUGGCGAGAGCCAUCAUGGACCUGAAGGACCGCAUCGAGAAGCUGGAGGCGGAGAUCGGUCCGGCUGCCUUGAACCUCACCGACUCCUCCGUCACCUCCAGCAGCAGCAGUCCGGUCGGUAACGCCGGUAAAGCUCCUGCUCCGCCCACCGGCAGCUCCUCCUCCUCCCCUCCUGCUGCUGCUCCCGGGAGUCGCCGCCCCGCCUCCCCGGCCCCCAAGCCCCCGUCCAAGGGCCACGCCGGGCGAGGGAAGGGCCCCUGGAGGGUGGAGGACCUGGAGGGGGAGCUGGAGAGGAAGAUCAAGCUGCUGGAGAAGGAGCGUCAGACCAUGAGGAAGGAGACGCACGGGCAACACGAGAAGAUCAACCAGGGCAUCGACACGGUGAACCACCGCGUCACCGAGCUGGAACACACGCUGACUGAACCUUCCUUCCCCGACGGCUUCGUCCUCUCCUUCCCCAUGAGGACUAACUACAUGUACGGCCUGGCGAGGAAGGAGAUCACGGAGAUGUACGCGUUCACCGCCUGCGUUUGGCUGCGGGUCAAAGAAGGAGGCAUCGGCACCCCGUUCUCCUACUCGGUACCGGGUCAGCCCAACGAGCUGGUUCUGCUUCAGGGAGUCCACAGCCCGGUGGAGCUGCUCAUCAACGACAAGGUGGCGCAGCUGCCUCUGUCGCUACCACAGGACGAGUGGCAGCACAUCUGUGUGAGCUGGACGCUGAGGGACGGAGUGUGGAAGGCCUACCAGGGGGGGAAGAUGAAGGAGGGGGAGGGGCUAGCUGCCUGGCAUCCAAUCAAACCAGGAGGAGUCCUCAUACUGGGACAGGAACAGGACACACUGGGCGGUCAUUUCGACGCCUCCCAGGCUCUGGUUGGAGAGCUCUCCCAGUUCAACCUGUGGGACCGGGUGUUGAAGCCCGCCGAGGUCGCCGCCCUGGCCGACUGCAGCUCCUCGGCGCUGGGCAACAUCGCCCCCUGGACCGACCACGACGUGGACGUGUUCGGCGGCGCCACCAAGGAGUCCCUGGACCCGUGCCACGCCACCCAGAGAUCCAACCCCUCCGGCCCCAAACAGUGA